UCAAUGUUAAGUUAAUGGCUGAUCAGAAGCAAUAUGCUCCUGUAGCAGAAACAAAGCUAAAUUUGCACAAUCAAGUAGAACUGAGUUUGCAUAAUAAAUUUAGAUUGAAUUUAUAUAAUUAG